AUGUGUCGAAGAAAGGAGGGGAGGUCGGUGGUGGUGGUGGUGGUGGUGGAGAGAGGGAAGGAGCAAGAAGAGAUGGAAGGGAAGGUGCCCAAAAGAGGCGUAAUCAAGCCUGCGAAAAAGGAAAGCUGUGGACGGCAGGAGAAGGGGCAAAGAAAGCGCCGACCGAAGCUUCGCAAAAAUGGCUGGCGCAGCGUGCUUGUGGCUUUGUGCAUUUAUGGGGGCAGGCACAAGAAAAAAUACGAAAUUAGGAGCAUUACAGAAGGAGAGGCUAACAUCCUGGUUGUGGGCUCGGGGUGCGGGAGGUAUCUUUGCCGCAAUAUCCAGUGUAUUGGUACCUUCAACGGAGCUGUCGGUGGCUGGGCAAUCCCCUGUAGCCGUCGACGAUGCCCUGACGAAUGCGACAGUGGGCCUGGCUCAAAGACCUACGAAAUAUGCGGGGCAGACAACUCACAGAAGAAGGCAGCGUCAGCAGCUGCGAGUCGACGUCAGUGA